UAAAUAGCAGAUAUAUUGCCUCCAUAUAAUCAUAUAAAUCCCAAGUUUUGAGUUUGUGCUUUGAUACCUGAAAGCAUGACCACGUUCACGCCGACGGUAAUUAACUACACCAUGGUCGUCACCGGUCCUAAGCCUGACUUCCUCGUCAUGGCCGGCCAAUUUUUUGGUUCUAAAGAAGCUCUUCCUUGGUGGUGGACUACAGAUAAUGAAGAUACUGCGGCGAAAAGCUCAGAUGUAGUUGCAGAAGAUCAGAAAAGCAUGAAGAGGUAUGAAUGCCAUGCACCGACGAAAGAUGGUAUGAGCAGAUUGUCCAGCACCUUGGCAGAUGACCAAGUAUCACAUGACCUUACUUUUGAUUGGGUGGUAGAGAAGGGAAUUCCGGAAGUAUUUUCGAUUUUGCUUCUUGAUUUCGAGAUAUUCCUUGUGAGUCUCACUGUUCAUCCCAUUCCCAAUCUCACUUCUGAGCCUCUUCAUUUUAUCUGCAACUCCUGGGUUGACACCUUCAACAACACUCAACUCACUCGUACUUUCUUCAUCAACAAGUCAUAUCUGCCGAGUGAAACAACCGGAAAAGUGGGGUUUUACCGAGAAGUAGAGCUGAAACUUUUAAGGGGAGAUCUGGAUGAAACUGACGGAGUGCGCAAGGAAUGGGAUAGAAUCUAUGAUUAUGCUACCUAUAAUGAUUUGGGUGAUGUUGAUACAAGUCCAGAUCUUGCUCGUCCUACUCUUGGAGGAUCCGCUGAAUAUCCAUACCCACGCAGGUUAAGAACUGGAAGGCCCCCAUCACAAAAUGAUCCGAGCACUGAGAGCAGGCUGCCUGCAGAAGAAGCCUUUAAUAUCUAUGUUCCUAAAGAUGAUCGAUUUGGAACCCAGAAGUUGUAUGAGUUUGUGCAGCAUUUUCCCAAAUCAUCAAUGAACCUCGUUAAGUCAUAUGUGUCAGCGGAAUUGGAGGCCUCAGGAAAAGAGUUUGAGAGCUUUGAACAAGUGGUUAAAAUUCUGUACAAAGAUGGUUUCACUUUUAAUGUACCUAAAGAGAUUCUUGAUGCUAUUGCCGAGAGGCUACCUAUACCAACGCCCCCAGAAAAUGGUGAUCUGCAAUUGUUGUUUCCAAUUCCUGGUGUCAUUCAAGAUAAUUUAGAUGGAUGGAUGACGGAUGAAGAAUUUGCACGAGAGAUGCUUGCCGGUGUGAAUCCUGUUUUAAUCCGCCUACUUCAGGAGUUCCCCAUAAAAAGCGCGCUAGAUAUUAAUCUCUAUGGUGACCAUACAUCUAGCAUAAAAAGAGAACACUUGGAGAAGAACAUGAAUGGGCUCACAGUUUAUGAGGCACUUGAUGGCAAGAGAUUUUUCAUACUAGAUCAUUAUGAUGCAUUCAUGCUAUAUUUGAGGAAAAUAAACGAAACUUCAAGAAAGGCAUAUGCAAGCAGGACAAUCCUUUUCCUCCAAAACGAUGGCACUUUGAAGCCAUUAGCUAUUGAGCUGAGUUUACCUCACCCUGAUGGAGAUCAAUUUGGUCCAAUCAGUAAAGUUUAUGUGCCUGAAACUGAAGGUGUUGAGGGUACCAUUUGGCAAUUGGCUAAAGCUUAUGUUGUUGUAAAUGACACAGGCUAUCAUCAACUUGUCAGUCACUGGCUAAACACUCAUGCUGUGAUGGAGCCAUUUGUGAUAGCGACACACAGGCAACUCAGUCAACUUCACCCUAUGCAUAAGCUUCUUCACCCUCAUUUUCAUGACACCUUGUUUAUCAAUGCACUCGCUCGCCAAAACUUGAUCUCUGCAGAUGGAAUUAUAGAGACCUCAUUCUUGCCUGGAAAAUAUGCCAUGGAGAUGUCCUCUGUGGUUUACAAGAGUUGGAAUUUUCUUGAUCAAGCCUUACCUGCUGAUCUCCUCAAGAGAGGAAUGGCAGUAGAGGAUCCAACCGCUCCUCAUGGGCUUAGCCUUGUGAUAAAAGACUACCCUUACGCUGUAGAUGGACUGCUCAUAUGGGAUGCUCUUAAGACUUGGGUUCAUGACUACGUCUCUUACUACUACGAGAAUGAUGACAUCAUUAAGCAGGACCCUGAGCUGCAAUCUUGGUGGAAAGAGCUAGUAGAAGUGGGUCAUGGUGACCUAAAAGACAAGGACUGGUGGCCUAAGAUGCAAACUCGUCAAGAACUGAUUCACUCUUGCACUAUUAUCAUAUGGAUAGCCUCGGCUCUCCAUGCAGCUAUCAACUUUGGACAGUACCCAUAUGGGGGUUAUAUCCUGAACCGUCCUACUCUCAGCAGAAGGUUGAUGCCCGAGAAGGGAACUCCAGAAUAUGAAGAGAUGGUGAAGAAUCCACAGCUAGCUUUCUUGCAAACAAUCACACCAAAAUUUGAGACUCUUCUUGAUCUUUCAAUUAUAGAGAUACUGUCAGGGCAUACCACUGAUGAGGUCUAUCUUGGGACAAGGACUAUUCCUUAUUGGACAUCUGAUGUGAAGGUGUUGGAGGCUUUCAAGAAAUUUGGAGAUAGAUUGGUAGAGAUUGAGAAGGUAUUGAUAAGGAGGAAUGAAGAUGGGACACUAAAGAAUAGGGUUGGGCCAGUGAUGAUGCCCUACACUCUGCUCUAUCCUAGCAGUGAACCAGGACUCACGGGCAGAGGAAUUCCAAAUAGUAUAUCUAUAUGAAGCAGCUGCUUUAACUAUGAAUGGAACUAUUAGUGUUAUGUUUUGAUAUUGUUGUUUGUUUCAAGUGCUCCUGUCUGCCGAAAAAUAAAAGGGGUCAUCUAUGUAUUUGGCUCUUGUAACGUUUCAUAUAUAAUAAACAAGGCAAACUGUUUACAUACAUGCUUAUCAACUAA